UGGCUACGACUGGUUGCAAAGCUGUUUAUGUUACCCCCUAAACGUGUGGUUGUCUUAGACGAUGUCGGAGCCUUUGUGUGGCAACUGUGUGAUGGACAUAAUUCCAUCGGGCAUGUUGUCAAACAACUUUGUGAGAAGUAUCGCAUGACGAGAAAAGAGGCGGAGACAUCGCUAUUCACGUUUAUGCGGCAGUUAGGCAAGCGGGGAAUGGUAGGAUUUGCGGUUCCCCAACAAACGAAGAGAGGAAAACAGUAAAAUGGCAGAACUUCAAGAAGCGGUAGCACCGGAAACAGCAGUGAGCACUGCCGUUCCAACAGAAGCACCCACACGAUUUGCGAGAGAUCUACCCAAGGAAAACACGGUACGGGUCAGAAACCUGAUUAAGAAAUAUGAGAUGGGCACCACCGUCGUUGAGGCGUUGCGAGGCACCAACUUUGAAAUCCGCCGCGGCGAGUAUGUCUCGAUUAUGGGACCAUCAGGCUCCGGCAAGUCCACGCUUUUCAACAUGAUUGGUGGCUUGGACAAGCCAACAGAAGGUAGGGUUUACAUCGAUGAGGUGGAUAUCGCGCAACUCGAUGCCUACGAAUUGGCGUGGCUACGCUGCCGCAAAAUCGGCUACAUUUUCCAGUCGUUCAACCUAAUCCCUGUGAUGACUGCCCUCGAAAAUGUCUCCCUCCCCAUGAUUUUCGCUGGGAUGACCGCUGACGAUAGCCGCACAAAAGCGAUUGAACUGCUAACCACUGUGGGGUUAGGAGAACGGGUCCAGCAUAAGCCGCUUGAACUCUCCGGUGGUCAGCAACAGCGUGUCGCCGUUGCGCGUUCUCUCGCAAACGAUCCCGCGAUCGUGCUUGCAGAUGAGCCGACGGGAAACCUAGACACGCGGACCGGGCUUGAGAUUAUCGACCUCCUGAAAAGGCUGAAUGAGGAGAACGGGGUCACAAUCAUCACAGCCACUCACGACACAAAGAUGCUCGAUGUGUCAGAUCGAAUUUUCCACAUGGCGGACGGCAAAAUCGAGAAAAUGGAAACCCGCGAUGAAAUCGAUCUGCAGGUUGGUAGACUUGAUGGUGAGGAGGUCGGAUAAACGUAGAUUGAAACGUGAUGCGUGAAACGUGAGAAGUACAUUAGUUCAUUGGUUCAUUCGUUCAUUUAGCACCAGCAGUCUGAGGGGUGUGGCGGUGGGAUAAUUGUCUGAAUCGUCGAGCACACGGAGAACGGGAGGCGAUUCAUUGGUUGAUUGGUCCGUGAUUUUAUUUAGCACCAGAGGUGCGAUAUGUGGAUAGAAUGCGUGAAACGUGAAAUCCUUAGCAGAUUUGGGAAGCAUUCCUCCAAUUUUAACCGAGAGGCUUGAUAGGAAAUGAAACCCGAGCAAGUAAUAAAUCAAGACCCAGACAUUCACCGAGGACUGCCGGUGUUUACCGGCACUCGUGUUCCUAUACAGUCACUGAUUGACCACCUAAAAGCAGGAGAUAGUCUUGACGACUUUCUUGAAGGAUUUCCUUCUGUUUCUCGUGAACAGGCAAUCACUUUUUUAGAAUUCGCUUUGACGAGAGCAAUAGGAACCCAUCGUGCGCGUACUGCUUGACGAAAACUUGGACUAGCGAUUGAUACGGGAUUUUGAUGCCAACUUUCAAGUGACGACGGUUUCUCGGUUGGGUUGGAAAGGCAAGCGAAACGGCGACCUCCUCCAGCAAGCCGCGGCAGCGUUUGACGUACUGGUGACAAUGGACAAUGGCAUCGAACAUCAACAGAACCUCAGCAAAUACGCUAUCGGUGUUAUUCUAAUCUCUGCCAGAAGCAAUCGUCUCAAGGACGUUCAACCCGCUAUGUUGAAAGUGAAUCAGAUCCUAAGAGAAGUGCGCCCCGGGCAGGUCAUUCACGUGACUGCCGACGCAGUUGAGGCGGAAAGUGGGAAGGGAUGAACGAAGACGCGGAGGCAGAAAAUGUCUGAUAAACGGA